UUUGUCGCAAAUCUAAUCACACAAGAUUAACCUCCAAUAUAAUUUGACCGCAAGAAUCAUUAAAAGUGUGAAAAGCCGCGCCAUAGCCCAAGGCAAUGUAUGACAGCCCACUGCCCGCUGUCCGAGGGGGUAGUCUCCUGCCCCGCCCCCCUCCGACUGUGGUCCGCCCGUCCCAGACUCUGCGUCGACGCUUCACAAAAAGAUCGUCUACUCUGAGCGUACCGUCCCUACUCCUGCGGGCCAAGCAAUGAGAUAGGUAGAGUCGCUACGGCAGAGACAACGCACUAGCUGUGGUGAUGAGAGCGGCGCGAGGAAAUCUGUACUGAACGCUGUUAUCUCUGUACCGUGUACCUGUACGCUGUCUUCUCUCCCUGUACGGUGCUCAUACCUGGCCGCUAGGUGUGACGUGCAUCCCAUCGGACGCUGCUGAAGAUGUGAGGGAGUCGGGGAUGCCAAUGUAGACGGCAUCUCUCUGCACCGUCCGUCACACUGGACAUAACACCCGGACUUAUGCGCUGGACGAUCGCGUGCGGCUAGCCCUCAAUCACACACGAUAGCAAGACGCGAAGUAUGAUGUCUCCCCAUCCAAGCCUGCUGGUACUGAUGCUUUUCUGGCUGCUUCCCCACACGCGAGGAACGCAGGUCUACUUUAAGCUUCUGAAGGCGGAGGACCCCCAGACUGACAAUUCCCUAUACCCCCGGGACGGCACCCGACCUCUCCCCUCCGACCGCCUGCCUAUUGAAGGCAUUGUGGAGACGCGAGACAAAUACUACGAUCCCCGCCCCGAGGAGGUUAACAGGAAGAAACUGAUGGCGCUUCUAGGCAGUGACUACGAUAGAGAGUUUAUGUCCGUUAAAUCACCACGAAGGAAGAACGGGACUCUAGAGUAUAAGUUCCAUAAAGGACGCCCCGUUGGAAAGAAACCAGGAUUCCUAAGGUUAAUUCAGACGAUGCAGUUGCAAGAUGGGCCAACGUUAAAGUUGAAAGUGAGUAAGAAAGAUAGAAGGAAGUUCCAGAAGUUUUUGUGGAGUUACUCUUAUUGCCCCGUGAAGUACGUGUGGAGGGACCUUGGGGGGAGGUUCUGGCCCCGCUGGAUCAGGGACGGUCUGUGCUCCACCCAGAGGUCGUGCUCCCUCCCCCCGGGGAUGGUGUGUAAACCCAGCAAAUCCACCACCAAAACAAUUCUCAGGUGGCACUGCCGGAAGUGGCAAAGGCGCGAUGCAUGCCGGUGGAUUAAGAUCCGCUAUCCUGUAAUUACAGCUUGUGCGUGUUCCUGUCAGACGGAGGGAGAAUGAGGAACUAGUCGGGAGUGUUUGUGCAGUAAACCCACAGUGCUACCCCGUGACGCAGUGCCUGCGUCACCGUGACGCCGGUGUAAAUCGUUGAGGUAGUUGACAGCUCGCGCGGAUCCGAACCAGACCGGGGCGAGAUUGAGCUGACACUUCUUGCUAGUGCUAUGUGUAAGAGUUGACGGGUUUGUAAGGCCCCACCCUCCCCACCCCUGUGUAGCGCCUCGCCCGAGUCCUGGACAACCGUGUACAACUGCGGAGAUAGUGAGAGUGGAUUUCUGUGCCCACAGAAUAAGGGCUAGUCACUCCGGUGAUCGAGAUCACUGCCGUGGCGGGACAAAUGCUAAUGACAUUUCUCACAAAGGUAGACAAUUACUGUGAAUGAAGAAUCAAAGUGGCUUCCCACCAGUGUUGACGACAGAGUGUCUAGCCUACUAAAUUGACUGUAAUCGGCCGACUAGCCCAUUGUAUGUGUGUACGGGCUUGAUACAUGAUAGGGGGACUUGAGCGCCCAUGCUCUGACCGACGGGCCGUGACGAUCGGGGCGGGGUUUACUGUAAAGCUUGACGCAGUAAGCCGACUUCUCAUGUAAACAACCUUGUGAUUGGUCCGUAUUGUGCGCACUUGCGAGUUGACAUGUUGAGUGACAGAUGUAUGGAGGGAUAUCUCAAGUUGUGGAAGCGCUCGUACAAUCUGACGAUUUAGGAUUUGUUUUGCUCAGAAAGAUAGUACGAGGUCAGUUGCAAAUGGAAAUAUGUCCAGGUCACAUUUUGUUAUUUAUAUUUAUAGAUUCAUUGUUAUGAACGAACACUUCGUUAAUCUUUAAUGGAUAUCAAUCUGUACAUAUGUUAUUUGUAAAUUUGACAUGUGUAUAAUAUCAAUGUGAUUAAAUUAUUGAUUAAA